AUGGUUGAACUUUUCAUACCCGCUCCGCCCAACGCGAGUAGGAAACAAGUUGGACGUCACCGGGUGCUGCUGAGGAACUUUUUCGCAUGGCUCCUUGGGCGAUCGCUUGUGGGAGAGACCCUCGGCGAGGCCUUGAUUGGGUUGCUGAGCUGCAUGCACGAAUAUCGAUCCGGAGGGAAAGUGGAUAACACGGCCGACAUGAUGGCGUAUCUUGAUGAAAGGGGCUAUCUUUUCCUGGCCGGUCAGCCGGCGCAUGCCUUGGCGGUCUUGCAACUUGCCGAGACGUUCCGCAUCCGGGACUUGUAUCUUCGAGCCCUGGCACACUGCGUGGGAAUGAGGGACAUGCUCCCCUGCAGACUGGAGUUUCAACACAUCAGCUCGGCUACUCGCAAGCUGAUUCUCCAGAGCGAGAAUGAGGUGAAGACGCGCCUCCAGAGGACGUCGGACAUGCUGGACAAUUUCCUCGACCGAGAGCUUUCCGAGGCGCAUCUGGGCAUCCCACUCGGACUGCGUGCUCACCUGGACCGUUUCAGAAGUUUCUUGCUUUCCUUCUACAGCACGAGGCUGGGCCACUACCCGCCGCGCCCGUUUGACGCAGCAGUAUACCGGGUCAUGGCCAGGGACUUCAAAGCCCUGUACCAACUCUUGGUCGACGAGGCAUACAGCUCGUGCGAAGCCAUGCCGUCCGUUGCCGUGGGCGGCAUCUGCACCCUGCAGCUCAUCCAAUCUUUCGACACGCAUAGCCACCACGAGCCCAUGAAGCACCCGCUCCCCAGACUCCCGCAACUGGAUCCGCCGCCUCGACCGAGGCGCUUGGCAUGGCUCCCGCGGGGUCCGAAGCAACGUGCAGACGAGCGCCGACUGGGACAUGCCGCGCUGGUCAAUGCGUCGAAUUGGAAGCAAGAUGCCUCGGAGAACAGCCUUGUUCGUGCGUACAGGCAGUUUGAAGAGGAGUGCGCCCUUGGCAGGAAAAAGUCGGAUAAGAACGAGAGGCUGUCGCUGGUCGACGGACGCAAGGUCCGAUGGAUCAUGAUAUAUGCUGUCCACCAGACGCUUCGGUACGCUACACAGAGACCCGCCGGCGUGCAGGACGAUCCAAGCGCGAGAUAUCCGGUGACUCUUGCCAAGGACACCCUGCCACCGUGGCAGGACAAACACAACAACAAUGGCGGCUUGAUUCGCAGUCAGACCGAGCCGGCACUGAGCCGCCUCGGGAGGCUGCACAACGGCGACAUGGCCACUGCCGUGGAAAGGCCCGAAAUCAAGCCAGACAUUGACUACUUCGCGUUGACUCACAAGCAAGAUGCCUCGCCUCCGCCGCCUCCCCCAAGGUCAAGACGAGCGUCUCUCCCGCCUUCCAUGCCGGACACCCCGACCACCCUAUCGCGAGCGAGCUCCCUCAAGCAAGCAUUGAGCCGCAGCUCCACAAUCCGCAGGUCGGUACAAAGACUCAAGCAAAGCGCCGCGCCAGCCCCUGCCCGCCCGCUGUCCCUUGCACUCGGCAAGCCGCUAUAUCACGAAAUCGUGGUCCACGGCUACGGCAACGGGACAAACAAGGUCCGCCUCGAAGCCCGUGCCGCCCCGCCACCGCCGGCCCCUGGAGUCGGCCGAAGCGCGUCUACGGCAUCGGGAACAACCUCGAGCAACGUCAGCACGGUACCCAGCUCGGCGAGCUUCGUGGACACGGCAGAGUCCCAGCUCAGCUCCCCGGCCCUUCCCGACCCGCCGGACGAGAGGCCGCCCAAAACCCGCCGAUGGAGCACCCAGGACUCUUCCACGCAUCACGGCGGCAGCCCGCCCGUGCCCAAGUCCAACUCGCUCAAGCGGCGGCCCAUCAGCACCGCCCUCGAAGGCUACACGCACGCCGCGAAAGCGCUCGGGCAGUUGGUCGACCACGAACGCCGCAGCAUCUUUGCCGGCGGCCGCCAAAACGGUUCCACCCAACAAGGCCGCUCGAUGCCGCUGCCCAUUCGCGAAGACGACAUUGACGAGGAGCCGUACGUUUUGCCAAGAGACUCGGGCGACUGGACGGCCAUGCAGGCCUUCCUCGACGGCAAGGGGGUGGAGGCAGACGCGCCGCACGCGUGGGAGCAGUAUGCUGAUCUGGGGGGAUUAACAGAAGUCCGGUGA